AUGGCUCUAAUUCGGCUGCUAGCCCUGUCUUGGCUUGGCAGGGCCAGAGCCGCUGAUGAGGAUGACGAGAAGUUGGACACCGCGGAGUCCUGCUGGGUGGAAGACCCUUUGGGCAGCCAAAGCAACUGGGCAAAGCACUGCUGCAGGCCGAAGCCUUGCGGCCAAAGUAAGUGCUGGGUCCCGCCGAUGUACACCUACGAGUUCUGCUGUGAUGAGGAUGCCUGCCGGAAUCUUGCCGUGGAGGAGGUGAAGCGUGCUCUGGAUCUGACAGUCGAGUCCUUGCCCAACGAGAACGCGUCGUUGCUGGCCUUCCGAGCUGCGCCGCAGGCAUUCAGAAAGAUGCGGAGGCUGCAAGUGGAGCUUUCCGCUGCCGACCAGGCAUGUACCUGCGGCAUUGCCUUCGCAGUUGCAACGCUGCUCUGGUAUCCUGAGGACAGCGCAGCUUUGGAAUUGGCGAUCAAGCCAAGGUGGUUCCUGGAGGGCGUGGAUUGGGGUCGUUUCGUGGAAGAGGGCUGGAGCGGCAUCUUCAAGUGGCUGGACCGCUUCCCACGUGUUGAAGGCAAAGCGGCCGAGAAUGUUGUGCAUUCUUUGCAUGAGGAAUUCGAAGACCUUGCCGAGCGCCGGCAAUCACUUCUCAAAGUCGUCAGGCAUGAACAAGACGAGGCUCGUCGUAGAUGGGAGAGGGAGUCCAAGGCUUCUGGUGACCUGUCAAUCUCGGACGUGAUUCGCGAGCUCCGGGAGCAAGGCGUUUUCCAGCGCGUUUGGCGUCACGUCAUGGUAGACCUGGCCUGGCGGCAAAAGGGUCAGAAGUGCGCGGUUGGGCAAGGGACGGAGAGUCCGUCGGGAAGGUGGCUGGCUUGUGAGCCCUGGGAAUACCACCUGACCGCCAACUUCUCCUCGGUGUUGCCGUCAGAACGAGACGGUCCAGGAAUCCCAGGAGGCCUGGGAGACCUGGGCAAGUCGAACGUCGCAGUUUGUGUCUUGGGAGCUCCCCGCACGGUAGUGAAGACCUACGAAAGCAUUCGCGAGAAGGUCAUUGAAACCCUGAAAGGGGAUGCAUUCAUCUAUGUGCCGUUCUCUGGCACUUUCACGCCCGCGUUGGAGGAGGACCUGAGGGCUCUGGGCCCUGCAGUCACUGCCAUCGUUGUUCCAGACGUCGACCGCAGCACCUUCGAGGAGCGGACUCAGAGAGAAUUCUACGAUCCUAGGUUGUGGAUGCUCUACUCAAAGGCGAAUGGGCCAUGGAGGGCCCCGUUGUUUCGCCAAAUGGGCAGCAGCAUGUGGGGAUAUCACAACCAACAUUGCUGCCGGAGGAUGGUGGAGUCCUUCGAGCAGCAGAGAGGUUGGGAAUAUGAGUGGGUCGUCUUUGCGAGGGCAGAGAUGGUCUGGGUACAUUAUCAUCCACCGAUCGAGGUCCUCAGCCCGAACUACGUGUACAUACCGAUGGGCCAGGACAACAGCUUCUACAACUUCAAUGACUUGAAAGGCGUUAAUGACAGGCAUGCCGUGGUGCCUAGACGUUGGUUCAAAUCCUAUUUCAACCGCUGGGAAUGCCUGCUCAACGGCAACGCCUGGAAAUACUUGGCCAAAGUUGCCAAGGCAGGCUACAUGAUCAACACGGAGCAGUACCUCUGGCUCCACCUGCAAGCUGAAGGAGUGCAGGUUAGACGAUUCCCACCGGUGUCCUUUCUGUCGCAUUGCACCGAGGGUCCCCAGUGCCAGCAUCUCUACAAAGGCACCGACCUGGGCAAGGUGCGAUGGACACAGACAGCAAAGUAUUGGACCGAGAUGCUGGAGUCGCGGCGGACAAUUGUGGAUGACUUCCACUAUGUCAAGAGGCCAGAGAAAGGCUGGAUCUGGUUCCGCCAGUGGCCGCCCGUUCCUUUGUUUUGGGGGGCCAUCACCAAGAAGCAGUUCGAAAAACCGUUGGAGGAUGUUGAACCGCAGGAGCAGGUCGGCGCCGACCUUGCGUGCGGCCUGUCGAAGCACGGUCCAAUCUCAAGUCUGCGUUGGGUGUUUUUCCUACGCUGUGAGUGCCACGCAUAG